GACAAAUGAAUGCCCUACUUGUAGCUGGGGAAGAGAAGAAACUGCAAAGGGAGAGGGCAAAGCUAGCCAUGAGAACAGCCAUAGCUGAAUCUCAAGGUGUUUCUAUUGACCUUGAAGAGGAAGAAGAAGCACUUGAGGGCAUAGUGGGCUCUCGGCGUGGCCCAUGUAUCCGCAAACCCACCAUCACCUCGCCCAUUGCUUCUGCUUCCUCUAGUAGAGUACCUGGCACUGUUCCACUUCCAUCACAACGAUCAGGGUUGAUAGGUGAUUAUUUUGUGUCCAGGAACACAGCUGGAGCACAACCAUCAUUAGAGGCCACUGGAUGGAAUAAAGACGUACAUGAGAAAACUAACAUUGUAGUUGCUAAUUUUUGGUACUUCAACAACAUUGCAUUCAAUGUGGCGGAGAAUGCUUAUUGGCUGAAUUUGGUGACUGCUAUGACAGUUUCAGGAAAGGGGUACAAGGCCCCUUCUCGUAGGGAUUUGAGUGGGAGGUUGCUCACAAAUGCAGUUGCUAGGGCAAGAGAAGUGAUGGAGGAUCAAAAAAUUGAAUGGGCAAAUUAUGGCUGCACCAUUCUUUCUGAUGGGUGGACAGAUGGCAAGAACCGCACCAUCAUCAAUUUUUUGGUCGCUUGCAAGGACAAUGUACUGUUCUUGAAAUCUGUUGAUGCCUCUAGCAAGGUGAAAAAUGCAGAAACAUUGGCUGGAAUGUUGGAGCAUGUCAUCAUGGAGGUGGGGGUAGAGAAUGUGGUGCAAAUCAUCACAGAUAAUGCAGCAGCAUAUGUGUCAGCAGGUAGAAUCCUUUUGAAUUAUCACCUUUAGGCAUUAGCAAUAUUUUCAUUUGUUGUGGGCUUUGUUUUACUUGGUUGCAUAUUUCUUAAGAAUAAAUUCUUCUUUUGCAGGAAGAAUCCUCCAAGAGAGGCACCCCACUCUGUUUUGGACACCUUGUGCAGCACAUGUCCUUGACCUUCUUUUGGAGGACAUAGGAAAACUUGAGUGGGUGACUCCAGUUGUGGAAGAUGCAAGGAGGAUCACCAAAUAUAUUUACAAUCACCCUUGGGUCCUAAAUUUGAUGAGACAACACACCCAAGGGAAAGAAUUGGUGAGAGCUAGUGUCACAAGGUUUGCAACGAUUUU